CACAACACCGGUUUCGAAAAACUACGCUAAAUUUUGUAAUCCAAGAAAACUGUUCAUGCGACAGGGCCUACCCCGUGUUUUGAUUACAUCAUUACUAACACAGCGUAGUUUAUUUUAAUUGUCAAUUUUCAAAUAGUCUCAUUCCUCUGAGUGCAAUGAACGACAUCCGUCGCCUAAAGGAGCAGCAACGUGAAAAGCAUCCCGGUUUCGGUUCCUAUCUGGAGUGCAUGACCCGGGCCCUCUUCACCGGGUUGGCUACUUUUACGCUUGGUUUUUCGGGGACGUACUUCCUGCAGAAGCUUCUAUCAAAGAGGCUGCCGUAUCCACAGAAAACCAUAAUCCUAGUAUCAACCAUCAUCGGUACCGGUGCGUCGUACAAAGUAACUGCCGAUCGCACCAAGUCCUGCCAGGCAGGUUGGAUGGCCGCUGAGGGCAAAUUUACUGCCCUAUCCAAUCCGGAAGAAGACGACCGAUCCGUGUAG